AUGAAGAAAAUAGAUAUAUUCUGUGCAUCUCAAGCUUCAACAGCCAUAUGCAUGAGCAUGGAUCAACCUUCUUCCUCAUCCACCAUCCAACUUGGUGGCCGAACCCUCGAUCGCUACAACCCCAUUAUCAGAGACCAAAAAAGAACCCCAAGAACUCUCCCUUUAGCUCCUUGUACUUCUCAGCCAGCACCUAUCAACCCUGUACCUUAUCAUCUACUUCAUAAGAGCAAAAAAAGCAAUUCAAAGAAUAAAGCCAGUGAUCAAAGCAGCAACAAGAAGUCGAACUCUACAAAACCAAAACCAAAACCAAAACCAAAUGACCAAAAGACCAAGAAAAUCUCUUUUAAGUCAACUGAUAUUGAUGAUGAUAAGAAGAGUACUACUUAUCUUGAUGCCCCAAAAGAUAUUGUUAGAAGAAGCUGGGCAAAGCCUGGUGAUUUUAUUACCCCGCCUGGCUCGUCUAGAUAUCUUUUGGGUGACACAGCUUUCUUUGACGGGUUUACAGAUAAUGACCCAGUUUUAGCACAGCUAGUUCCAGUGGAAUCCAACAGGGCUACUCAAGCUUUAAGUAACGAUGAAUCUACCGCUUCAAAACCAUCUUCAUCUUCGAAUCCGAAUCAGGUUGUGGUUUUGAGAGUGUCACUACACUGCAAAGGUUGUGAAGGAAAAGUGAGGAAACAUCUAUCCAGAAUGGAAGGUGUGACAUCUUUCAACAUAGAUUUUGCAGCGAAGAAGGUGACAGUUGUUGGAGAUGUAACCCCAUUAGGUGUCCUGGCGAGCGUGUCAAAGAUAAAGAGUGCGCAAUUCUGGACAUCUACAACCCCAACUGCUGGCUCAAAUAACACAGAAGCGAUCAAGAAAUAA